AUGGGGUCCAACGAGGCGGACAAGCCGCUGCGGCGGAUCGGCGCGUCGUUCGAGGACCUGGCGGCCGUCGCGAAGCAGCAGCCCGCGGCGAUGGCGGCGGGGGACUUCUCCCGCGCCUGCUCCCACGUCUCCGUCCUCUUCGGCUGCCUCGGCAUCGCCUUCAAGUUCGCCGAGAUGGACUACGUCGCCAAGGUCAAUGAUUUACUGGAGGCAUCCAAGUCGGUCUCAACAUUGCCGUCCAUGGUUGAACUGGACAUUCAGAAGGGAACUGUCAGAGUGGCGGGCAGCCACACGAGGAAUCUGCUCAGGGUUAAGCGUGGGAUUGAUAUGGUGAAAGUUCUGUUUGAGCAGAUAUUGGUUACAGAGGGCAACUCCCUGAAGGACGCAGCAUCAAAGGCUUAUGCUCAGGUGUUUGCUCCUCACCAUGGCUGGGCCAUAAGGAAAGCAGUUGGCGCUGGAAUGUAUGCCCUUCCUUCCAAGUCGCAGCUCUUGAAGAAACUGAAUGAAGAUGAGACUUCAGCAAAGGCUCAAAUGCAGAGUUUCGUGAGGUCAUCUGGACCAGUAAUUCUCUACAUCGAAGACCUCUUCACCUCAAGGAAUUUAGGAUUAGACUGGUGAGCGAAAAGCCUAUACCCGCAGUCCCAAUGUACUAAUGUGAUCCGAUGGUGCGCUGCUGUGGCUCCGAAAUAACUGUAGCUGGUUUCGGUGUUUGAGGUCUGAGAGUGCAGGGUUGUUGUAACCUAAAUUCAAUAAGCUGUGUUGUAUGGAGGUUCCUGACGGGUGGACACGGAACCUUUUGUAACGAAAUGCUCGCUUUACAAACCUGAAAUUCUAGCUUAUCUCUAGAGCUACUAAACUGGAAUGCUACUUGCAUAUAUGGGCUAUAAUGGGAACUAGUGUCUAAUUCAAAA